AUGUGGCCCCCCGGUACAUUACGCCUUUCGGAUACAACUAUUUCUGAAGGAGAAACCAUUUUUCUUCAACCACGACCCUCAGAUGAUCCCAAUGAUCCCCUCAAUUGGGCCCCAUGGCGCAAGUAUUUGAACAUGGGACUAGUCUGUUUUUAUGUUGCUAUGGUCGCCGAGUUUAUCAACGCCAAUACGCCAACAUGGGGUCCCAUGGAGAAAGAGCUCGGUUUUACUAGCGAGAUAUUGAAUGACAGUUAUGCUGCUGGUUGUGCCGCUUUAGCAUUAGGCUCUGUCAUCCUGAUUCCGUUUGCUCUCAAGUUUGGCCGUCGACCGCUGUAUCUAUUCAGCACAGUGGUUCAGUUUGCCGUCUCUAUUUGGUCCGCGAAGAUGCAAACUGUGGGAGACCUUAUAGCCGUUAACGUUAUACAAUGCUUCUUCGGAAGUCUAGCAGAGGUCAUCGUCCAGAUGACCAUUGCGGAUCUUUUUUUUGUGCACCAAAGAGGGAGAAUGAAUGCCCUUUAUGUCUGGACGUGGCUUCUGUCUAGUUAUAUGGGCAUUCUGAUUGCGGGUUUUGUUGCUAGUGGUCUGGGUUGGAGGUGGAUAUGGUGGUUGAAUGCUAUCAUCUUCGGUCUGACAAUCUUUGCUGUCGGCUUCGGAUAUGAAGAGACGAAGUUUUGCUCGUCGGUUUCGCUCACAACUAUAAGCUUGCAACUUGAUACUAGGAACGAAGGCCGAUUGCUUGCCUCUAAUCCUCAAGACCAAGAAGCCAAUAAACACCAAACGAAGAAACUUGAGGGUGAAUCAUUCGCCGAAACCAAGCAAAUCGAUGCGGAACAAGGAGCCACGGAUCUAGCCUCAAGCAAAGCAGCAGUUGAAACCACAUCGGACAACAUCACUGGUGUCACAACCAACCCCAAUAUUCCCAUCAAGACAUACUGGCAAAGACUAGCUUUAACAACCAUUACUGUAUCCUCAGGUACCGCGAACGACUCCUUCUUUCAGCAUAUGUACCAACCGCUUAUUAUUUUAACCACAAUUCCCGCCGUCGCUUGGACGGCUCUUGUUUAUGGCAUCUUGGUAGCACUAGGAGAUGUCAUGUCAACUACUAUGUCGGCCCAACUGCCUAAUCCCCCCUAUAACUUCUCUUCCUCUGAGGUUGGGCUCAUGAGUCUACCGAGAAUGAUCGGCGUCACUAUCGGCGCCCUCAUUGUUGGCCCACUGAGUGAUUGGUGGAUUAUGUUUCUAUCUCGCCGGCGGAACGGAAUCUUUGAACCGGAGAUGCGUCUGUGGUGUAUGAUUCCCUUCCUCCCAUUUGUCGUGGCCGGCGCAGUUGUUUUUGCUAUUGGACUCAGUGACAAGCAGCCAUGGCCUGUUAUUGUCGUCGGCCUGGCAUUAUAUAACAUUGGUGUCACCCCUAUCAAUACUCUCACGAUCACCUACUUAACCGACUCAUACAAAGAUAUAGUUGGAGAUGCACUAGUGGGCGUUACGCUCACGCGCAAUACUUUCAGCACUGCGUUCAUCUUCGCGCUCACGCCAUGGGUUGCGAAAGUGGGUCUUAAAAAUGCGUUCAUCACUAUCCUAGUCGUCGCAAUUGCUAUCUUGAUGUCUUUUGUUGUCUUCCUUCGAUAUGGAAAGGCACUGCGGAGCCUUGCUGCUUCUCGGUAUCUCCAUUUUGCAGCUCGACAAUAUAAAGGGAGGGGUUUGAUUAGUUGCAGAUCACUACAUGUGAAUCGAACGACCCAGGAGCCAGAGUUCGUUGCGAUGACCACACUGUUAAAUAUCCACUCUUCUUUCAUAUAUUUCUGGAUUGCCGCGUCUCGCUUCGCAAGCUGA